AUGGUCGGACAGGCAUUGACAUCUGUUGCUAUUGUUGGUGGCGGACCCGGAGGAUUAGGAACGGCGAUUGCUCUCUCGGAACUACCGUUUCUGAAGGUGACUCUGUACGAGAAAAACACAGAGCCCCGAGAAGCCGGUGCCGGCAUCAGCUUGAGCACGAAUGCGUGGAGAGUUCUGGAUUUACUUGGAGCUAGCGAGGGAGUCAAGGGUGGCUCCAAAUCUAACACACACCAAAGAAAUGCCUAUACAGGCAAGGUUUUGAACGUCACUGAACAUCCAGAAAAUUCGGCUGCAGAUUCCCGCGGAGCAAUCCGUGCUCGCAGGACCCGACUGCAGUCAGCUCUCUUGUCGAGAGUGCCCGAGGGCUUGAUUCAAUUUGAUAAGAAGGUUGUUUCUUUGGAGAAUCUUACAAGUCGGGGAGUUCGUUUGGUUUUCCAGGAUCAAACAGAGGCGAUCGCAGACAUUGUCGUCGGAGCGGAUGGACUACACUCUGUUGUCCGUAAGACCUUGUUGCCUGAACACCAGCUUCACUUCACGGGCAACAGUGCGUUCCGUGUUCUUGUUCCGAAAUCUCAUCUGGCUCAUAUCCCAGAUAUCACGACUACAACGUCAUGGUGGUGGGGUGAAGCCGGCCAUGUAUAUCUCUCCGAUGUAGAUGAUAAGGAAGAGAUCAAAGAUCCGCUGUUUGAAAUCACUGUUCGCUCCUAUCGUGAGCCUGAGGUCUCCGGGAAGACGGUCUUUUGGGGCAUCCCUGCAACCAACGAGAAAGUGGGGUCGCGUGUUGAGAAAUAUGAUCAAAGACUAAGAGACGCAAUAAGCGCGGUGACUGAAGGGGAGUGGAGGGAGUUUGCGACAUUCGCUGGUCCUCGUCUGGAUAAGAUUACCUACUGGGAUAAAGUCGCCCUCAUCGGAGAUUCCAGCCACCCUCUUUCUGGCGCGUUUGGCUCUGGAGCGACAUUUGCCAUGGAGGAUGGUUGGAUCCUCGCCCGCGCACUUGAACUUACGCAGCUUUUCUCUCGUCCUGCACGGGAUGCUCUCAAAAUCUUUGACCAGAUUCGGUCUCCGUACUAUACUAAGAUGUAUCAGCAUCUAGACGAAAUCCGCGAUAAGGCGCGAAGGCUCCAAGCAGAAGAGAAAGAUUUUGAUGUCCUUUUGCAAGCCAAGAUUGACUCUUUCCUCUAUGGAGACAAGGAUUUUAUUUAUCAAAACGACAUUAAGAAAGUGUGGGAAGAAUAUCUCACAGCACAGCAGGCAGGGUUUUAG